AUGGAUCGACAGCACCAAUAUCAAAUCUUUGAAUGUCAUGGGUUGGCAGGAGCACAGGAGGACUGUACUAGGUCCGGCGGGGCAGGGGCCGCACUGAUAGGCCUCUCCUCACCCUUGCAGAGAUCCCCUCAAGAGCACUACAUCCGGCCAGAGGAGCAAGUGCUCAUCGACCGCCGAGAAAUCACCAGCAAACAGGAUGCCUGGGAUGUGCAGGAGUUCAUCACUAGAAUGUAUGUCAAGCAGCUGCUCCGACACUGGGCCUUUCAGCUGCUGCUGGCGAUGCUGCUGGUGACCAACGCCAUCACCAUUGCGCUCCGCACCAACUCCGUCCUUCACCAGAAACACUAUGAGUUGUUCUCUACCAUAGAUGACAUUGUGCUGACCAUCCUUAUCUGUGAGGUUCUCCUUGGCUGGUUAAAUGGCUUCUGGAUUUUCUGGAAGGACGGCUGGAACAUCCUCAACUUCCUUAUCAUAUUUACCUUGUUCCUGGGGUUCUUCAUUAGUGAACUCAAUGUCAUCUCCAUCACCUACACCCUCAGGGUACUUCGUCUGCUGCACGUGUGCAUGGCGGUGGAGCCGCUGGCCCGGAUCAUCCGAGUCAUCCUGCAGUCGGUGCCUGACAUGGCCAACAUCAUGGCCCUCAUCCUCUUCUUCAUGCUGGUGUUCUCCGUGUUUGGGGUCACUCUCUUUGGUGCCUCCGUGCCCAAGCAUUUCGAGAACAUGCCGGUUGCCCUGUACACCCUCUUCAUCUGCAUCACCCAGGAUGGCUGGGUGGUCAUCUACGAGGACUUUCAGCUGGAGAUCAGGGACUACGCAAUGGAGAUUGGGGGUGCCCUCUACUUUGCCACCUUCAUCACCAUUGGUGCCUUCAUUGGCAUCAACCUGUUGGUUGUCGUGGUGACCACCAACCUGGAGCUAAUGGUGAAGGCAGGAGAACAGGGGCAACAGAAUCAACUAAACUUCACAGAGACAGUCAACAUGGCAGAGUAUGAGAAUUACGACCUCCCACUGGUGCACUGUGUGGUGGCCCGUAUGGACAUGUCCGGCCUUCCCCAGGAGCCACUUAUGGGAGGCCCCAUGUCAAACCUCUCAGAAAACACCUGUGACAACUUUUGCUUGGUGCUGGAGGCAAUACAGGAGAACUUGAUGCAGUACAAAGAGAUCCGAGAUGAGCUCAACACGAUAGUGGAGGAGGUACGCUCCAUCCGCUUCAACCAGGAGCAGGAGGAAGCGCUGUUGCACAGACAUGUCUCGAAGAGCCUGUUGAUGGAGAGCAGGUCUUCCAUGGACAUCCGUGAGAUGACCAGCCAGCAAGACUUGCUCACUGCGCUCGUCACCAGAGAAAAGGUCCAGGAGUCUGCCACAAGUAUACUCAACAAGCAAAAGAGUAGCCGCUGAGAGGGCAGAAGGGGAGCCAAGGGGCCUGUGUGCACACACCCAGCUGCUGCAUCUUCCUGCAUCCUUAGUGUGACUUGGCUAAGCCUGGCCUGAGCCCGUCCUCUCCCUUAUACCUGGGCAGAUGCCUGGGGCUAUGGAGGGGACAGCUUCUCUGGGCCAGUGCCUGUGAGCCCCAGGUUCAGAGGAGCCGGGAUGAAGAAGGUCGUGGGAUAAGAGUGGGAGCCCUACAGCAAAGGGCUGCCGGCUAAGGCAGCCAGGAUUUGGACUAAGGAGGGGCAUCCCUGGCAUCCUGCUUUAGGCCAGAGCUAGGUGGGGCCUGAGUGGGCCCGAGAACUAAGAGGAGAAAGGUGAGGCCAGUAAGGCCAAGCAUUUGUGUAUUGACAAUAAAGUUUUGUGUUGGGAUCAA